GGACGCUAGAAGGAACGGACGGUCGCGCUUUUAAAUUUUUAAACAACUCGUCAAUAACGAACAGUUUCCAAACGUUUUUAUAAACUUAGGUUCAGUGUCAGUGAUGUCUUAAAGAGUGUUUAAGUGUUAGUGCGCUAAUUUUUUACCAUUUGACUUGAAGUACCAUGUAAAAAGGAUUACAACAUUUUUUUCGGGAUGUGGUUUUUGAUGGUCGUGUUGGCAACAUUGUGGUCAGCAGGGUGUGCAAUCCCUUGCGAGGAGGCCCGUUUGAAAUGCGCCUACCGAAAGGGCUGCGGUACGGCCCUGCAAAACUACCUGAUGAUGUGCUCCUCAGUACUGGACAACCCUGAACCCAGUAGGUGCCCGGAAGUUUGCCAGUACUCCCUUAUUGCGCUCACCUCUACUGAAGAGGGCAAAAAUCUCAUGGAAUGCGAAUGCAGCGAUGACUUUUGCGAGGAGCAGAAACGCAGGUCUGACAUUUGCAGGCCCCAGGUCAUGGCCUACGUGAACCAGACUGUAGUCUCUUGCAGAAUAGCCCAGCUGAUAUGUGCAGCGGAUGCCCUUUGCUCCACUGCGCUAGACUACUACAACCGCUACUGCAAGGCCAUGUUCAACGGUAAAAAGUGCACUCCCAGAUGCAACAACUCCAUCAACAUCCUCACCAGGCAGGAGAAAGCCGCCAAGCUGACCACGUGCAAGUGCGACGGUCAUGAGGACUACGACUGCCACGGCAUCAGGCGCAACAUGGACAAGCUGUGCUUCCACAAGCACAAACACCACAAAAACUCCACGCGCCACGACAAAACGCCCGAUCUGUACCCGACGGUGGUUCUCACUUCGAAAAACCUCGCGGGUAAAGUGAACGCGAGUUUCCUGGUGUUGGUAACAUUUUUCGCGUUUGUAACAUGAACGUAAGUUUUUACAUUUUUAAAUCUACCUCUCCUGUUUAGUAUUUAUCUUCCCUUACACUGUGAUACACAUAUUAUGAGCUAUUGCCAUCUGCAGAACAUCUGCAUCAUAUGGCACGCCGUUUUAACAUUUAUUAUAUAUUUUUAAUUAAUUUAAUUUAAUUUAAAAUUUUAUUA